GUUUCUGCUGUCAUACCAAUAAAUGAGAGCUGCAGCAGUGACAGUUGAGGGCGAUGAGCAUUAGCAUCGAGGCAAGGCAAUCUGUAAUGAGGAGAGGGUGGGGGUUCAAUUCUGGAAGAUUCUGCAGCAAUCUUACGAGUGGACCCCAUUUCAUUCGUUGAUUGUGGGGACUGUUUCUCUGAGCUAGCUAGGUGGGUUAGCCUUCCCUGUCAAAGCCACAACUGUGGUGGGGGCAAAAGGUUUUAGGAGCCAAUGCCUGGAAUAGACUGAUACCUCCUCCCCUCUGCAAAGAUGUCAAAGAGACCAUCCUAUGCCCCUCCCCCUCCCCCUGCCCCUACAACUCAAAUGCCCAACACUGCCGGGUUUGUGGGGUACAACCCAUACAGCCAUCUGGCCUACAACAACUACAGACUGGGAGGGAGCCAAAGCAGCAACAGUCGGGUAACGAAUUCCUCUGGAAUAAAUAUCCCAAAGCCACCCAAGCCACCUGAUAAGCCAUUGAUGCCAUAUAUGAGAUAUAGUCGUAAGGUUUGGGAUCAAGUAAAAGCCUCCAAUCCUGAUCUGAAGCUAUGGGAAAUUGGGAAGAUAAUCGGUGGCAUGUGGAGGGACCUCACUGAUGAGGAGAAACAGGAUUAUUUGAAUGACUACGAAGCAGAGAAGAUUGAGUAUAAUGAGAGCAUGAAGGCCUAUCACAACUCGCCAGCCUACCUGGCUUACGUCAGUGCAAAAAGCCGAGCCGAGGCAGCUCUGGAAGAGGAGAGCCGCCAAAGGCAGUCCAGACUGGACAAGGGCGAGCCCUACAUGAGCAUUCAGCCAGCGGAGGAUCCAGAUGAUUACGACGACGGGUUUUCUAUGAAGCACUCAGCUGCAGCUCGUUUCCAACGCAACCACCGUCUGAUCAGCGAGAUCCUCAGUGAGAGCGUGGUCCCAGACGUGCGGUCAGUUGUUACCACGGCUCGCAUGCAGGUCCUCAAACGCCAGGUCCAGUCUUUGAUGGUACACCAGAGAAAGUUAGAGGCAGAGUUGCUUCAGAUUGAAGACCGCCACCAGGAUAAGAAAAGAAAAUUCAUCGAAGCCACAGAGUCCUUCACUAAUGAGCUCAAAAGGCUGUGCUGUAUGAAGGUGGAAGUGGACAUGGAGAAGAUUUCUGCAGAGAUUGCUGCAGCAGAAGAGGCAGCCCGCAAACGGAUGGCAGACCGUGACAAGGAUGCAGGAGACAGAGGUGCAAGAGAGGCUCCCACCUGUGUCUUAGCAGAAGAAGAGAAACACAUUUGUGCAACACAUGGCAACAAGUCCCAGCAAAAUUCUCUAAGUGAAAGUAGCAACAAAGAAGGCGAGGAUGCAGAAUCCAACACCCCAGAUACACCAGGGAAGCCGAAAGCCUCAGAGGAGCUUGAGGCUCAUCCAGGCAGUGAGGAGGGGGUGUCAGAGGACAAGGAGAGCGUCCCAGAGGGAGCCAUGGAGGAGGGAACCAGUGACAGUAACACAGGCUCAGAGACCACCUCUGCUCAGACAGAAGAUGCCCCGACUAGUGAGCCAUCAGAGGGGCUCAGCAGGGCGAGAGCGGCCCACUAAGCCCAACACGUGACUGUCUGUGAACUGUAAGGCUGCCAUUAUGUCUGUUGGCCUCCGAUAUCACGCUCUGAUAACAUAUAUUGCACAGUAUCAUCUCAGUUUGUCAAAGCAUACGAAAAAUGUUCAGAUGGGCUUAAUGUUUAACAAGCCUGAGGCAAAGAUGAUGUUUUAGUUGAGUUUGGAAACACCGAGGCUCACAGACAUACUCUGAUUACAAGUAAAUGAAAAAUGUAAAGCACUUGAAGCCGACAAAGCAAUGGUCCAGUCUAAAAUCAAUGGCUGCUAAGUGCGCCACAAAAGCCCACAUGAAAGCACUAUAUUUCCUCCACAGGCCUCAUUGCCAUUUGGAAGAACACAUACAUACAAGCACUCUUCAGAACAUAUUGAUACAUAUCUCUAGCACCCUUUCUGGCAGAUCCCAGAUCGCCGCAAAUGAAGACUGGCUUAUGAAAAAAGCCGUCACAUUAAACAAACAUUGUUCAGUGUUAUAUUUAACUUUGUUCUUUGUAUUGUGGUGUCCUUGUUGCUUUUAUUGUUAUUUUUGCAUGUUGCAAUUU